AUGUCACUGGCUUCGAUUCCCGCAGCGGUGUCCGCAGACGGUACGUUUGAGGCAUAAUGCCUCAAGUAAAAAAGGAGGUGGUACAUUUUGAAAAUUUUUUGUUAGCAUGCU